GCAUAUAUAUAUCUAUGUUCUUCGGUUCUGUGAGCGCCAUGAGUGUAUGUGUGUGUCUAUAUAACCAUCUAUCUAAGUUCUUCUUCGACUGGUGAUCACUUUUUACAGUGGGAUUUACAAGCAGUUGAAUUUGGAGCGGCCCCUCAUCCGUCCUUGUGAUCACUACUUUUACACAGGGAUUUACAAGCGGCUGAAUUUGGAACAGCCACUCAUCCUUCCUUUUGAGCAACAUGGAAACAAACAUUUUUCCCCUCGAACCUCUUACAAAUGAUAAUUAUGAGGAUUGGAGUGUCAAGAUGAAAAAUAAUCUGUUGGCUCAAGGUCUUUGGGACAUUGUUGAGAUAGGCUUGGAAACCCCCAAACCAGAUGAUCAUGUGGUUGAAUAUGAGGCUCGGAGAAAGAUGAAUGAUGCGGCUUUACGUGCAAUCCAAAGAUCAUGCAGGAAGGACAUACUAGAUCAGAUCAAUAACAUUUGUUUUGCAAAAAUUGCUUGGGAAACGUUGGAUAAAAUGUUCAUGGAAAAUAAUGGAAAGGGCAAGCAAAUGCAAAUUGAAGCUCAUCAGAUAAUUGAUGAAGGAAGCUCUUCACACAACCCAGGGCAAGAGAUGGAGGAUGAUUAUGCGGCCUUAGUCAAGGCUGUGCAAAGUAGUGAUUGGGAAACUGCAAGAGAUUUCCUCAAGCUCCACCCUGCUGCAUCGACAGCAAGAAUUACAUUGACGGGUGGAACGGUUCUUCACGCUGCUGUUGAAGCUGAACAGGAAUGUAUAGUGGAGGAGUUGGUCAAUAUGAUUUCGGAACAUGAUUUGGCAAUGAAAGAUAAAGGAGGCUCUACAGCUCUACAUGAGGCAAGUAAUAGUGGGAAUCACCGGAUGGCAAAGUGCCUGAUUACAAAGAACAAGAGCUUGGUCAGCGUUAGAUAUAUUAAUGGACAACUUCCAGUUACUAUAGCCAUUGGCUUUGGGCAUAAAGAAUUGGCUCGCUAUCUCUAUUCUCAAACUCCGUUCCAAGAUCUGGAGGUGGAAGAUCGAGCUGGCCGCUGUGCGGGUGCUAGACUUCUCAACGGCUCUAUCUAUAAAAGAGAUUUAGAUAUGGCUUUGGAUUUAAUGGAGCGUUGUCCUCGUUUGGCUUUUGCCUUGGAUGGACGACUUAACUCCCCUUUGAGAGUACUGGCUAUUUCGGCUGAAGCAUUCGAGAGUGAAAAUCGGCUCGUGUUUUGGAAACAAUGGAUCUAUAAUCACUGUAUACACAACAUUUCAUUAGCUCAUGCUGCCGAUCAAUUCCGAUUGAACAUUCAAAAUUAUCAAGAAAAAACUAUCGAAUCAGGGGAAGGUAUACAUGAUAAUGACAUAAUCUCAAGUGUUGGUGCUACCGAUCAAGUCCGUUUAAACAUUAAGCAAAAUAAUGAUCUAGAAAAAACUAUUCGACCAGGAUUCAGGCGUUUAUAUAAAAUGAAGUUGGUACGAGCUCAAUUCCAACAACUUCUGUCUCUCAUGUGUGAAGCAAUACCAACUAUUACAAAUCCAGAAAGGCGAUAUAGUAUUAUUAUGCCACUAAUCAAACUUGCUAUCAGUAGAGGGAACUUCGAAUUUGUUUAUCAGAUACUCAAAACAAAUUCUAGUUUUCAGUGGAUCUGUGAUGCUACUGAAGGAAGGCACGUGUUCCAUUGGGCCGUUGUGCAUCGUCAACAUAGGAUCUUUAGCCUGCUAUACCACUUGAAAAGGAAGAAUUAUGUACUGUACACACUAGAUAAGUCCAAGAAUACCAUGUUGCAUCUGGCAGGGAUGUUACCAAAAUAUUCUCCUAUCGAUCACAUAAGAGGUGCAGCUUUGCAAAUGCAAAGAGAAGUUCAAUGGUUUAAGGAGGUGGAACACAUUAGCCCUCCCAAUCAUAAGGACUAUUUAAACAAAGACGGUUUGACUCCCAACCAAUUGUUUAUGACACAACACCAAAAUUUGAGAAAAGAGGGAGAAAAAUGGAUGAAGGGCACUGCAACUUCUUGUACUGUGGUUGGUGCUCUCAUCAUUACCAUUAUGUUCACGGCAGCAUUUACCACUCCCGGUGGUAACAACCAAGAUACUGGCUUGCCAAUCCUCGUGCAUGACAAACUAUUUAAACUCUUUAUAGUAACUGAUUCUCUGUCGCUAUUUUCUUCCACGACUUCGGUAUUAAUGUUUUUGGGAAUCCUCACAUCACGUUAUGCAGAUGAAGACUUUCUUAGAUCCUUGCCCAGAAAGAUGAUUAUAGGCCUUUUCGCUCUCUUCUUCUCUAUUGCAACCAUGAUGAUAGCAUUUUCUGCUGCUCUUUUGCUUAUGUUACAUGGAAAAUAUUGGAUCAUCGUUCCUAUCAUUGGGUUGGCUGGUAUUCCAAUUAUUCUAUUUGUAUUGAUGCAAUCUCGCCUUCUUAUUGACAUGCUUGUUUCAACCUAUGGAUCAGGCAUCUUUGAUAGGAAAAUGAAGCCUAGGUUUUGAAUUUUUACCUUAAUUGUUAUAAUGUUGUAUUGAUAUAUGGCAAAGUAAGCAAAAUUUAUGACUAUUUUUUAUUGGGACAAA